AUGCCGGGGAUUGUUGUCUUUAAACGUCGGUGGAUGGUCGCAAGUGAUGAUUUAGUCAUUCCUUUUGGAAUUGCGUUUGUUUUCAGAGGACUGUGGUGAGUGAGCAAAUAUAUGUCAUUUUGUGAACUCCUUAGCUAAUCUAAUCGACUAAUUUUUCAUGUAGUAUUUAGCUUUAUUUAAUAGCUCGUGUAACCGUGUUUUAACCGGAAUACUUAAGUAUGUUACAGCUUAAAACUUUUAUUGCAGAUAAAGAUAUUGAAUCGAGCAUUAGUUAAAAUUGCUGUCGGAAGGCUCAACAUCCGUUUUUCGUUGUGAAGAAAAUUGACAAAACACGCUAAAUAGAAUUCGUUAUUGUUUUGUUGGCACUGCACGUUUUGUUUCAUUGUAGCAAUGAAAGAAGUUUAUUUGUUCGAUUCGUCGCACAUUUUAUCUACUUGUUGUUCUCUACCGUAUCAUUUACCUUGCUUGGAGUCAUUCCAGUCUCUCGUUUAUUUUUCUCACCACCCGAUUUGUUGAUUUGAUUUUACGUUUUAGUGUUACAAAUAUCGUAGGUUGAAAGUCACACAUACCGCAUCGCUAAAAUUCCUAAGGAGCCAAAAUCUUCUUCGAGAACGCCGAUUCAUUUCCGUACUUUUUAAAGCGUUUCAAAUCGUAGUAACAGUUUAACAAUGUACUGAUCUUCUAUGAAAUAGUUCUAGACAUAAUGUAAUUUGCCGAAAUGUGGGUGAUAUUUUAAAGUUACCAAGUGCAAUAUAACAGAACUAGGACCCGCAUUGUAUCUGGUGCGAAAACAUGUCAUGAAUUUAUUUCGAGAUCGAAGUAUCCUUUUGCAGGCAUUUUAAAAUAAGUGCAACAAGGCUAUUUUAAAAUGGCUGAAAUUACAGGGGCAUAAAGAGAGCAUUUGUUACAAAUGCCUGUAUUUUCUAAAAAGAGAGAUGAUGAAUGAAGGAGGUGUCUGUGAUGUUUUGGUUUCUAGACAUCUGGAAGAUAUAUGAGCUAAGUCUUCAACUUGAUUAGUGGAGCAAGAAGAGUGAGAGUAUUCACAAAGUUGCGAAUAGCGAGAUCAUGGACGAUUUAUUUUCACUAACAAAAUGAAUUUUUAUGGCAGUGCAAAGGUCUGUUACUUUUUUUUCAAUUUAAUUUAUUCCAUAAGUGCUUACUCAAGCAUUGCCAAAUAUGUCAAUGUUUACAAUAAUGUGAAGAAAUAAGCUUCUUUGCUCUUGCAGUUUCACUGCGUCUAUCACCAGCUACUCAAGAAAUCCUUCUCUUUUGGUUCAUUUAUUGUACUAGUAUUCAACUCACGUUAAAAUAAUUUCGAGUCCAAUAUCUCUCCUUGCAUAUUUAACACAAAAAAUAACAAAAUUGAAAAAUACAAAAAUUAUCAAUGUGAAGAAUGUGAAGGCUGUCACACAGGCAUUUUCUGCUGUCUGCCUUCUGUCAUUCAAAGUGCUAUGAAAAUCUCUUUGCUGUGUUGUGAGUUUACAAUGUUCCUGGUUGUUUAAACAAACUGUAGAUGAGUCAAUCAAGUAUCUACUAUCCUGCAAUAUUUUGGAGGCAAUUAACCACACAUUGCACUGACCUUUAUGAAGCAUAAAUUCUAUGUGUUGUCAUUUAAGCAUUUUUUUUGCCCUGAGGCGGCGGCAUUUUCUAGAUGGUUGAUGCCUCACAUUUAAUACAUCUAUUACACACAAUCGCCCAUCUUUUCUGUUUUAGUUGUGCUGUUCAGAGAAAGGAUCCUCACUGAGUUCCUGCAGAUAGAGUAAAUAUUUUGACAUCAUCAUUGCUUAUAAGAGAGCAAAUGAUAACAUUUUUAUGGCAAAAGAGCCCAAUUUACAUAAGAAGAAACUGUGCACAAAUCAAUAGGAUAGAUAUAGGAUGUGUUUAAUCAACUAUAUUGCAGAGUAAGAUUAUAUUAUUUUAAAGGUGCCUUUACAAGGUAAAUGCUUUCUAUUGGAGUUUGGAACCAUUAGAAUGCCAUUCAAUUUUGUUCCAUCUGGACUACAAUGUGGUUGUGUUAUCAGGCAUUGGUUAAAAAUAAGAUCACGCAUAUCCAUUUUGAAGAUCUGACCAAAUGUUUUAUAAGUUGGUUAAAUUAAAACUGCCCAAACUCUGUCUUCCCACGCAUAAAAAACGUUGAAAUUUGUUGGAUCUAUUUUAAGGUAGUGGUUUUUGAUCAUCUGAUUUUGUAACAGGUAUAAAUUUCAUGGCUGUCCUAUUAGUUUAAGGAUUAUUAUCUUUUCUUAUCUAGAAAGGUUUUGCAAUAAUUUGCUUAACACCGUGGAUUACAAACCACUCAUCAAUUUUCAUUUCCAUUAUUUUUGUAGAAAUUCUUUCAUUUGAAUUUGUUUGAAUUUUUAUGCUGAGUCUCAAAUUCUAAUUCAGUUUGAAAGUUUUCAGUCCAAACUUUUUUUACUGAAUUGGAGUCUGACAUGGAACUAAAAUUGCAUUGGCUUGUACACGUUUUCAAAGCAGAAAAAAAAAAUUUUAACCACAGCAUGCAUGUACUUUGUAUGAUCUCAAUUGACAACUAAAUUAUACAGUUAACAUCUGCCAGUAAAAUAAGUAUGCCUUAAAGAAAGUUAUUUAGGAAGUGGACAUGACAGUGUAACUCAUUUAGAAUUUGCUUGGUCCAAUAACAGAAAUUAUUUAAGAUGAUCAUAGCUUGUACAUGUCUUUAUUUUAAGAAUAAUGGAGAGAGUUGUUGUUUUUUUCGGGGGGGGGGGUGGUAUUAUUUUAACUGCUUAAAAUACUGUGGCUUCUAAACCUCAGAAUUGUUGAAAUUAACAAUGUUCCCUUGAAGUCCAUGAAAUUUACACCUGAAAGUUGUUUUAUCCGGAUUUUAUUAAGUGCAAACUUGGGUUCGUGUGCUAAAGCAUGUGCAUACAGAUAUGAUUUAUGAUUUCUUUCUUUUUUAAUAUCUUUCAUCAAAGUUGUGGUUUGCAAAUGAUGUAAAUAUACAGUUGAUUUAUUAUCUUCAUAAAUUGAAAUAUUCUAAUAGGAAGGCUGUUGGAAAUGUUUGUCCUUUCCUUAGACAAAACAUACUUUACAUCUUAGGAAAUUAUAAUAUAAUGUAACUCCCAGCGUCUGUUUUAAAUUGCUUAAAGUAAUUCAAUGAGUUUUGUCCAUCAUAGGUGGACAUCAUUCUGCCUAUUUUCAUGAAAAACACGUCUCAUUAUUCGCCUUAGCUUAUUAUUUAUUUAUGAAGAGGAGAAAAUUAUUGCAAAAUGUUUUUUCUUAGUUCCUUCAAAUCACCAAGCAUCUACUAAAUUUUUCCAUGUCCUUUAUUCUCAGCAGAGAAAUGCUAGGUCUGAAAUUAUACUGUUGCUUGUAACGUUUUAUUGUGUAUUAUAGUGUGAUGAAAUAAAGGUUUUGGUUAAAAUGGUCUUAACUUAGUUUGAUUAUAAAUUUCUCUGUUUGUUAUUGAAAGUGAAAUUGACAUAAAAGAGGAUUAAAAAGUUAAAUCAAACUAGCUUGAAAAAUUUUAUUCUGAAUUUCUUUUUAAACUGCAACAAAAGUAAAAACGUACACUUGGUCUAAUAGUUGAACCAUCUCGUAAGUAACAUAAAGAUAUUAUUUUUUUAGUCAUCACAGGGCACAUUACUGCUGAUUCUGGGAUUUUUAAACCCUUAACCUUCAAAUCAAUGUGGGUUAAAUGCUCUGGUUAACCACUUCCAAAACUAUGAACUUGUUUAGUUUCAAAAGAAACUGAGACCACACGUAUCUAGAUAUUUUUGAAAAUGGAGAUUUUUUCCCACUGUUUUCAAAAAAAAUAUGCAUCCACAGGUAACAUAUUUGAAUCGUUUUCGCUUAUCCAUACGAAAACGCUAAACAAUGGGAAAAAAAUAGCAUCCCUAACAGAGCAUGUGUUACACUAGUAGUAAAUGAUGUAUGACAUCAUAUUCGAAAACCUCCAUUUUCAUCUAUCUACACGUAACUGAGUGACCAGAAUUUUCAGAAUUCUUCACUCUGCAGAGCGUCUUUGUAAAGAUGCAUUUUUGGUGACCAUUUUCACUGAAUACCUGUGGACGGUAGGCCAAACUGGAGGAAAAAAAUCUAUGUUUUCAAAUAAAAAUGGAUACAUUUGGAUGGGCCCUGAGUUGCUACAAGUGUGUGGGUGGGGGAGUGAAUUGAGUUGCGAAAAGUCAGUUUACCUCAGUGGACUGUCUCGGGCACUAGCCUUUCAUUUUAGUGAAUAAAGAAAUAUCCCUAAAGGUGGUCAGUUUCUCUGCCAGGGACAUCAAAGAAGAUGCAAAAAAUGUUAAUUUGUAGCCUGAGAAACAGCCAACAUUUUGAAUCUCUACCACUAGCAGUUUCCCCAUGAAAUGUCUUCUGGAGGGACUAUAGAACAGGGCUGUCAUCAAGAGCUGGGGCCGGGGCCGGGGAUCUCCCCCGGCUGAUAUGAAUGUGGCUCCUGGCUACUUUCAUUGGAAAAUAGAAAAAAAAAAUAGAACCAAUAGAAUUCACUAACUGUUUGAUUCCCUGACUACUUGUUGUAUUUACCUGGCAACUUGAAAUCUUAGUGACAACCCUGGUAGAAAUUCCAUUCCUUGGCAGUGUUCGUUAUCAAUGAUAAUUAGCAGUACUUUACAUGCUACUUAAUCAUGGAUUCUCCCUUUUUUUAUUUCAGGAUGGUAAUAUUAUCAGUAGUAUUGGGGAUAUAUCAUGGCUUCUACCAUGUUCAUCAUGUAAGGGAACGGGAUAAACAUGUUUGUGAGCAGACAUUAGACUAUUUUAUGGGUGGCUACCUAGUACUUCUUUUUGCGACAAAUGUCAUGGAACUAACAAUCGCUUGGAUGAGUGGAAAAGGUUCAAUCAUGGAUACAGAACCUCGGAAUCUCAUACCACAUCUUCUCUAUGUUCGUCUUGCUCUUUCCAUUAUUGAAUUAUUAUGGCUGUCCAUUGGAAUUAAAUGGAUAUUUUUUGAUGCUAUGAUAUGUGAUUUAACAACGGAAAUUUACAUUGCCAGAGCAAUCGUGGUUUUCAAUUGGCUUUUUCUGUUUACUGUGAUUAUUAUCAUAUAUUGUUCCUUUGAUUCUGCUGGGAGAACUUGGGUUUAUUUCCGAGAUGCACAGCUGGGUGACAGCGUUGAUGCGUCACAAGGUUUCAGCAGGCACAUUACUCACAAAUAUGAAAAGCGCUGGGAGGGAUGCUUCAGGAAAUUUUGUUGCUGUUCUGGAGUUGGGAGACAGGGAGAUGAAAAUGUAUUCACAUUCAUUGGAAGGUACAGUAUUGAUAUUUGGUUUAAAUCUACUAAUAAUUUUAACUGGUACAUGUACGCCACUCCUCUGUAACUGCAAGUAAUACUGCAGAAGGCAGCUUUGUCAAGUGAUGAGAUUGCUGGAAUUGUAAUCAAAAGACCCCUAGUUUAAUCCUUGCCCUUAUCCCCAGCUGGAUUUUUAUUUUGUUCUCAGUUGUCCUAAAUUCAACUACUCAGUCAUGCUUAUACGUUGUAAAUAGCCAGUAAUUGGCUAUUAUUUCUCUUGCCAGUUGGGAUUCCACCGUGUGGGCUACAAUGAAAACUACGGGUUUACCAGUAAUUGUAUUACCCAUAUAAAGUCAGUUGUUUUAAAUAAACACUGUAAAUUAUAUAAAUAGUCCUCAUAGUGGAGCUUGCUCUGUGAGUGAUCCAGGCCUCUCGGCGAAGUUUAUAAAUAAAUAAUUAAUAAAUAUAUUACUGUUGGAUAAGGUUCAGCAGAAUAGGACGUACUGUGUUUUGUCAUUGGCAGGCAGAGUUCUGAAUUAUCUUUAUUACUACAAAAAAUGCUUGAAUCACAGAGCCUCACAGAGCAGAGGCUAAGGGCCAGAAGUAGGCAGAAAGGAAAAGAAGCCAUUAGGGAAAAGAAAAUAUGUGAAAAAAAAAAACAGCAAAUAAGCAAACAACAACAAAAAAAAUAAAAAAAGAAUUAAAAGAGAAUUUCAUCAGGAAUCGAACCCCACAUGUCCUGUUCGGCACAAUACAACUUGUUUGCGAAGUAGGCUACAAAGCAUGUUUUCUUACCUUGAUUUCCGCCGUUAUUUUGAAGUUAAUGGUCCAAAUCACAUCUUUUUUCUGUUAAAGGUACGUCCACCUUUGAAAUUUAUCGCUAAAAGCAUUUCUUGACCUCUUAAACGGCCGCUAAAAUAACCAGGCCAGGUUUGUGGCAGUUUUGUUUACCUGCUGCCUUGUUGCUAGACAACUGCGUUCGUCCAAACCGAUAGAAAGAGAGAGAUAUUUAAGACCAAAGGAAGAUCACACUUCACUUGGCAAUCCUCGUGUGCGUUGUGUGCGCUGCGCAGAUGAUUAAUUAAUAAACCUUCACCCCGCUUGGGCGUAAUGACCGUCACUCUGUGAGGAAUUAUACAUUGUAUGCACCAUCUGUGUCCUCAUUGGCUAAGAGCCUACAGUUAAUUUUGGAAAUUGUUGCAGCCUACAGAUUAGCCAGUUAUCUGCUUGCACGUAAUUGACUAGUCUGUGAGUUUGUAGGUUUGUAAUUCUUUCGGAAAAGAUAGAGCCUUGCAUUUGCACAAUGCAGGAUGAAUCUGCAUGGUAAAUGGAGAAUUCUCCAAUCUCCAGUGCCUAAAUGAACAUCCUGCAUCGUGCAUCUGAAAGAUGUAUGAUUUGAUAUUCUAUAGUUAUAUUACAUGCCUAUGCAUAGAAAUUUAACCCAUAUAAAUAAAAUAGAGGUAGUGUAUGGAGGGUUGUACAUGAAUAUAAAAGUUGAAACUCGAGCAUCUUUUACAUUUAUGCCAGCCUUUCAUACAUUGUCUCUAUUUUAUUAAUGUAUGAUAUCCAACCUUACACAGGGACUACUGGCCAGCAUAAUUUUGAGUUUAACCUUGCCUAAGGUAUACCCAGCCCAAUCAAAAGAGAGUUACUCUGUACUUUCAAAUAUAGAGAUAAAAUAAUGAAAAGAAAGUUCACAAAACAUUUUUGUGUGGUUUAGGACACUAGCAGAGUAUUUUCAAAACAUGGAUGUUGUACCAUCUGACUUUGCUGCGGGACUUGUUUUGCUAAGAAAAUAUCAAAAAUACCAGGAACAUGUUUCUCUGCUGAGGGCAAUAGAAGAACAGCAAGUGCCUGAUUCUCAGGUUAGUACAAUGUUGGCAAGGAAAGAAAGCCAAAAAUAGUUGUUAUGGACACCACUGACGAUCAAAUAAUUAUGUGUAUCUGAAUUUUUGUAUUUUAUUUGCUCCAGUUAAAUAGUACAAUAUUAUAUCAAUUAAUGAUGAUUUUAUAAAGGAACCUGUUACUAUAGAGGAUAACAAAUAUUGUGUCCCUUGAUACUACAGUUGUUAUUAUGGUAAAGGGAAAAAAGAGUUAAUUGAUUUUAUAACUUAAACAUAGAAGACACUCUGAUAGUGUCCAUCCUGCUCUCGAAAGGUUUUUUCAAAUUAAUAAAAACGACUUUCAGGCUAGCACAUGCUAGCUACAGCUUGCCCAGGUAAGCUGUAAACCCUACUGUCUUUACACCAUGUCUUACUAAGUUAAAUGUUGUUAUUUUUACAGAAAGGUGUGAAGAAAUCAUCCUUAAGAUUUCAAAGAACUGAUAGUGCAAAGACUCUGAACCUUAAAGACAAGGUAAAAGUCUUGUAUCAUGUCUUAAAAUGUUGGAUUUUUGUGAUGCUUACUAUUGUAAGUGCAUGGUGUAAUGAUCUACAAAUCUGUGCACUGAAGCCAAUAAUAAUGGCCAAUAAAGUUGUUUAAGUAAGCUUUGGCUGGGGGUCGAAACACCAGUGGGAGACCGCUACAUGAGGGAAAUAUGAUCACUUUAAGGUGGCUGAACACAGUUUUGGCAGUUUGUGAGUAUAUGCCAUUUGCCUAAUCAUGGCAAGGGGAAGGUUGCAGCUCACAAGCUGAAACUUGGCAAGUGAGAAUUAUACUGAUGAAAGAUUUUGAUGACAGGUAAAAUUUGACUUGUUUGUAGUUUCCAUAGCAACAUGAACAAUUGAAUACAACCUUAAGAGCGAAUGUCUGUAAAAAUCGAGCAAAAUCGAAAUUUCGCGGCCACAGUCAAAAAAUCAUUUUCGCUCAUAUCUUGUCCAUAGAUAGGCAGAAGUAAGUAACUAAACGUGGUGUAGUUUGUUUUUCAAAAGGCCGCUUGGAUUUGGAGAAAAUCGACAACAUCAAUUUUCGUGGUCGGCGACUUGAAAACAACCAAAAUUUAAGGCAAAAUGAGGCGGUCUCAAAACUUCCCUCGCACGCACACAGGAAGAAAGCGGGGUAAAAUAUUUCCCGAUAAAUCAAUUUAUAAAGGGCUCUACUUCUCGUUUGGUGAUGAAUUCUUAUCUCAACGAUAAUCUGGAAGAUAAACAAUGUUUUUUUAGUUUGGGUUCUUUUUCGACUAAACGAAAUUUAAAUUUAGGCUUAAAGUUGCGUUUUAUAUUUUAGGCAUGUGCUACACCUUGGUUUUGCCUGAAACUCAAGUCAUUUGUUAAGUAAACAUUGUGCUAAAACAUAUGUAAGAAUUGGCCUGGGUAAUUAAAUUUGUACUUCACACGAACCUUCUGAAGUUGAAUAAAUUUUGCUUGAAAUAUGAGACUUUUCAAGAAAGUCGGUUGGUUGUUGCUCGACAAGUCACGAUGGCUGGGCUCUCCAAACGAAACUUAACUCACAAUCGCACUUGUAUUAAAGACAUUUGUACUAAAACGAUAAUUUUUGUUACCUCAAAUGCGUUUUCCCGUUCUUGUCAACUGGCAUUGCGCCUUGUCCCAUGCUAAUCAACCGAAGAUCCAAAAACUCGAGGAAACGUGGUGCGUGAAAAUAACCUCAAACAGAACAUGGCCUAUCUUUUCCGCAGUCGCACUUUUACAUCCAUUGCCAUUUAAAAAUUCUAGGUCUCACAAAAACUGCGAUUUUGAUAGUGAAACUUUCGGGCUGCCGAUGCCUCUUUGGAUAUAAAAGUCUGGUCAAAAGUGUUGCGUGACAGUAUUCACAGGCUUCCCAAUCUAACCAUUUGAGCGACGCCGUUUUUUUAAUGUUCUUGCCAGAAGUAGCAUAUUAUGCUACUAACAAUCCAAAUCAUGCUUUUUUUUGUUUUUUUCCUAAGUUUUCUUAAAGUGUGCUUCCAUACAAUACUAAAUAAGUCCAAAAACAUCGUUUUUCACGUCAACUUUCCCCCGUUGCCUUGUAUGUGCCUUUGAUUGACUUCAGGCUUCAAUGUCUAGCUAUUUCACCGCGUUAUUACCUAUCGGGCGGCUGUCUUUCCUCUGACAUAUGCAAGUUCCAUUUUUUUGGAUAACAGUUUUCGUAAACAUUCUGCAAUUUUCUUUCAGUAUAUAUAUUUUUUCUAAUCUGAACAUGGUUAUUCGAUCGUCAAACUCUUGUUUCAGUCUGUUUAUAUACAGAGGAACCCCGCCUUGCGACCACCCCGUUUAUACGACCACCUCUUGCCUCAGCUCACCUCCCAUAGUCUUUCACCCAGACGUGAAAAUCUCCGAGUCAUUUUAUUUUGAAGACCUCUUUAAUGCGACCACCUCGGUAUCACGACCAGGAUUUUAUGGCCCAACGCUGGUCGCAUCAACGGGGUUCCACUGUAUUGAAAUUAAUAAUAAUAAUAAUAAUAAUAAUAAUAAUAAUUAAUAAUUGAAAUUAAUGUAAAGAAUUAAAAUUUAGGCCCCACUUAUAUGAAGAAAAUUUGUCUCGAGGAGAAGGGUCACCCGCCUAUCCGUGCUUCCCUUAAUAGGGAGAGGGCAUGAUCUCAGGCUAAGCUUCCCUGGAAAAGGCAACGUUUCACACAUUUCCUUACUGAAAACAUGGCGAACCGUUUAAAUUACAAAAAGUUUGCUCGGCCAGAAGGGUGACCCACUUUGUCCAGUCACCCUUUUGUAAUGGUAGGGUCAGCCUCCUAGCCGGGCCAACGUUUCUCCGUAGGCACUUUACGCGCUUUCCAUUGAACAAAAAUUCCUGUUUGAAAUUUCGGAAAAACCACGUGCCCAGUGGAAGGUGCAUUCCAGUUGCAAAGACCAAACCAAAGCCACCGCGAGUUUGGUUAUCGUGCUUGUAAGCAGGAUACAGAUCAUUGGUCCUAGGGAAAAUAAUUUUGUCAAAUGGAAGGAGACAUUUCGGUCCGAUUGCUAGAUCAAAUCCGAUCCGUAUCGGUAAAGGGCUCGCAUAGCCAAGGCGAGACAAUUAGAGCAUGCGAGAAGGCCGGUUGGGUCAAUGUUUUUUUUUUCUCUCGGCUAGGAGGGUGACUCUCCUACACGAGACAGGUUUUCUCCAUAUAAAGGGAAUUAAAACUUUCGGAUACAAAACUUGUAAUAGAGAAGGAAUCAGAAAAAAUUUCAAAAUUCUCAAAAAAAAUAAUAUUGAAGCACUUGUAAUUUUGAUCGAAAAAACUACUCAAGUUGCCCUGUGGAUGACCGAACAGUUGUUAUAAUUAUAUGGCGCCACACAGAACUUAGUGAUUUAGAUAGCCUAAAUUAAAAGGGUUUUCAAUGUAUUUAAGAGGAAACUGUCGUUGGGUGCCCCUGUCAACUAUCGCCUAACGCUACCACUGCUUUCUUUACCCACAUAGUUUUUUUUCAGUUUUACUCUCGGUCAUUUGCCAUUUUCUGAGUGUGCGCUUUGGUACCGUUCUUGAGACUGAAACUUCUCGAAAGUCCCGAUAAUUAACGGGCCCCUAAAGCUGUUGUUGUUUACAUGCAAGAUAGAAAUUUCAAUAGUUUUGCAUCUAACAUGAUAAAACUAUCAGUUAAUGAAAAAAUGAAGUAUUUUGCCAGCCAGGACCCGCGCUCCUCUUAUUCCUUUUAUUUCGGUUUGAAUAUUUGAUUUCGGGCCCGAAAAGUUAUAGGGACUUUGGACAAACGGGCCCCACCGACCUGUUUCUCGAAAGUCCCGAUAAUUAAUGCCAAUGAUCCCUUUCGGCAACAGCAAGCCGUUGGUGAAUUAUGCUCACUUCUCGAAAGUCCCGAUAAUUAACGGGCCCGGUAAGUUGUCUCCGUUUACAUUAAAGAUCGAGGUUUUAAUAGUUUUGCAUCUAACAUGAUAAAACUAUCAGUUAAUGAAACAAAAUGGAGUAGUUUGCUAGCCAGGAGCAGCGCUCUUAUUCUUUAUAUUUCGAUUUGAAUAUUUGAUUUCGGGCCCGAAAAGUUACCGGGACUUUCGAGAAACGGGAAACCUGGUCCGUUGUCAAAGGCCGCAAGACGGAAUUUACUGGAAAAGUAAACUUAAUGCUUUUGCCUAAACAGUGUCAUUUUAACGUGAAUUUGAAGACGUCAGGGCCUAACCCAUUGGUAAACACGUUUGAUUCCAGCUUUCUAACUUGCUGUAUCUGCGGUAUAUCUUCUUGGUGUCAGAUUUUAAAGCUUGUUUGAGUAGCCGAGCAUGCUGUAAGGAGGAACUGAAAUUGUCUGAUAUACUUUGACAUAUCUUUUGGUAAAGGAAUGAGAGACGAACAGGUCAGCGUUCUAGACCCCAGGUUUCUUUCAUUGUAUAUAUUCGAUACUAGAAACUGAAACUCAUGCCUUAAGUCUUCACACUCAAGGAGAGGUUUGUAGACUUGAAAAUAGCGCUACGUCAUCUACCACUUCACAAGGCCGCCCUGCCUGGAUAGCAUUUCCCCAAUAACUUUGCAAUAUUUUCUUAGUUGCGUUUGCUAAUGUAAGUUUUUAAUGCUGGUUAGCCUGUGCAAGCAUUUGAAAAGGGGAGACAGGGUUUAGAGCGAAUUGCUUACCUAACAUCCUUGACCAAGAGUUACAGCGUAACCCUUUCGAUGGAUUCUUCUAUCCCCUCAACGGUCUUACCAUCGGAGUCUUACUAGGUAGUACCCAACUAAGAUUCAGAGCUACCCUUCCCCAAAAUAUACAUACGAAAUAACGUGAUUUUUUUAUUGUGAUUCUUCACUCAAAACAAAAAACGCUUCCGAGAUCAUUUAUCCAGGUUGUUCAAAGUUUAAAACCUACGAAGUGUUCGUGUGUACUGGCAGGGUGUAUGAUUUUGAUGUUUUCCAAAUUCCUUAAUAGUCAUUGCUUUUAUCACACGCGCAGGUGUCCGAAAAACUGACCACCACUUUACACUUUUAAAUCAAGUACUGUUGGCAGCCAGACUAUGCAACCCUUCAGUUGUUGUAUAAUUGAACAAAUAACUUUGGAAACAUCAAAGAAAUGUAUAAACAAUUUUGUUGGCUGUUCGAAGGAUGGUUUUCGUUGUCACGCAACACCACUCCUUGUCUUCUCACACUUCCGUCCCUGUACGUUGUAACUGAUUCUAUUAAAUGGUAAGAACAUCUUUCAAAUCGCCGAAAAUGUCUUAAAAACAUAUUUUUCUUGUGAAAUAUUUUGUUCAACCACCUUAAGAAUUUAGAUCAUAACGCUCAUUCGGUUUGAGUGACAUUUUAAUAACCUGGCCCAUCUUCAAUGACCUCUCGUUAGAGGUCAAAUUACAAAAUGCCUUGGCGCCAGCAGAAUUUUGGAGCUCGAGAGUAGAAAAAGUAAAGCAAGUGUCCCAAACUAUAAAAGUAAGUUAAUUUCUAUUGCAUGUUGGCAAAUUAACUAUCGUACUAUAGAGCCGUACAUCAGGUUUCUUCUCAAGAAGUGCCAAUGAUCCCUUUCGGCAACAGCAAGCCGUUGGUGAAUUAUGCAAAUGCGUCAUAUGUUUUGUUCAAGUUCAGAAGGUUCGUCUGAAGCGCAAAUUAAAUUACCCAAGCCAGUUCUUACAUAUGUUUUAGUACAAUGUUUAACUAACUUAUAGCUUGAGUUUCAGGAAAAACCAAGGUGUAGCACAUGCCUAAAAAUUAAAUCGCGACUUAAGGUCUAAAUUUAAACUUCGUAGAGUUGAAAAAGAACCAAAACUAAAAUAAAAUUGUUUACCUUCCACAUUAUCGUUAAGAUAAGAAUUCACCGCCAUACUAGGGUUAAAACCCUUUAUAAAUUGAUUUAUCGGGGAAUAUUUUACCACGCUUUCUUCCUUUUUGCGUGCGAGUGAAGUUUUGAGACUGCCUCAUUUUGCCUCAAAUUUUGGUUGUUUUCAAGUCGCCGACCACGAAAAUUGAUUUUGUAGAUUUUCUCCAAAUCCAAGCGGCCUUUUGAAAAACAAACUACACCACGUUUAGUUACUUACUAAUGAGUAUGUAUGGACAAGAUAUGAGCGAAAUUUAAUUUUUGACCGUGGCCGCCGGUUGCUCGAUUUUUACAGACAUUCGCUCUUAAAAUUUCGCUUUUGCUCAGUUUACAUAAAAUUUACUCAUUAGAUUUUCCUAUAAACUUGCACAUAGCUUACUAUAAUUAAUCAUUACCAUUUGAAACUUAUUUGACCAAAUUUUAACAGACAGGUUUUUAGACAAUCAAUAAUAUAAUAAAUAUAUUGUACUGUGAUUAUUAAAUGUGUCACAAAAUUUGUCCGUUCAACUUCCAUUUUAAGGUUCUCAUUAUUUAAAAUACGAUAAAAGUAAAACUUCUGCCAAAUAGCACAAAAUUUUAAUGAGUAGAUUUUGAGAUAUCGUCUUCUGUGUACCAUUGCUUUUUCGGCAACAUGUUUGUUUGUCUAAUUUAAAACACGCGCCGUCACGCGAGUUACCGCUGACGGCCCACAAAACUGUGUUCAGCAACCUUAAUAAAUCAUCGCCAAACUCAAAGUAAGCAAUACUGUUUUAGAGCAGCUGUAAGUGCUACAUUUCUACCUUGCCUCCCCAUAACAGCCAUCCCAUCUAAAAGGGUUCAACUCGACUGCAAAAUACAGCCUCCAAUUUUUUUGUACAAUUAGGUAUGCAAAAAAAAAAGUAAAAAUGAAGUUGAUAAUUUCUACAAGAAAACUUGAAUUCUUCAGGAGGCCCAAGUGUACUAAUUAAGGGCGCACAACUUUCAAUGGUCUAUUUCUUUGACUGUUAUCAUUGUUUCUUAACUUUAGAGAGAGUUGCUUCUUUUCAAGGACAUAGUUUAUUACAUGAAUUAUGCAUUGUCUGCUUACGGCUGGCUUAUCUACAUGAAGAACAACGUUGGUUGUGGGUGUUGUAAGCUCUUGAGAAACGUCAGGUAAUGAAAAUACUGUGACUAGAGCUUUUGAGUUUGUGCUAAUGCGUCAGUUGUUUGAACUAUCUAUUAUAUAAGAGUACAUGUAUUUAGAAAAGAAGUGGUCCUAAUUGAGAGAGAAAAAAUUAAUAACAACAAUGGCUAAGCUUAGAAUUUACAAAUAUUUUGUCAGAAGGUCUGGCACUUUUGUGGAAAAUCUGAUAGACGAAAGAUUGAGAAACUCAAGGAGAGAGAGAGAGAGAAAGUGCGCAAAGAUCAGUCUGUUGUGAUAUAAGUAGUGCAUACGAUGAACUUCUUGUAAGGGCUAAACUCCUUUCUCUCUUCUCCUGUUCUGUGGAUUUUUAUCUAACUUACAUGUGCAUGAUGCAUCAUCUUCUUGUCUCCUACAGAUGCUGUUAUCGGUGCCGUUCUCCCGAUCGUAGAUCACACAAGUUUGUUGAUGUUGAAAGUGACAACUGUUGUCGCUGUAACUACUCAGCAAUGAAAAGGAUUGCAGGAAUUCACAACCGAGAUACCAUUUAUGUUAGUUACCACAACAAGGUACGUUACAUUUCGUAAGUGAUAUUCCUGAACAAGAAGGGCUCAUUUUGCUGUCUUGCAGUUAAUUUUAGAGCACUGAUUUCAUCAAACUUCAGUAGCGCGCGUUGCAAGCGUUUCUGCGCGAGUUCAUCGCGAAAGUUGAAACAAGAGCAAAAAGAAGAAUGAAGAGGGGGGGGGGGAGGGGGGAGGGGUGAAAGCUCUUCUCCUCUCCCUCUGCCCCUGCUCUUUAUGCAGCCUAAUUAAUGCGGCAAUGUGGCCACCGGUAAUCGUCAAUGUCGAUGAGAGUUUGAUAGGCCACUUUCUUAUUUAAAUUUUACGUUGAACAAAGACUCGAGAAUGAGAUGGAAGGUGCCGUUGUACCCACAAAUCAACUGUAACAAUCACACAGAAAAAUGUGACACGUUCGUAAAGUAUUAUGUAAAACAGACCUUUAAAGUUCCAGUGUCUCGUUGUUUUUGCUGAGAUGGAAUCGUAAUUGUCUGGAUGGCGUAGAUGGCAAAGUUGUACCGAGCUUCUUUUUUCAUAUAAACCUCGAAUAAAGGCCGCAUGUUUCAGAUCGGGUGCGGUGUUUAUUCGAGAGCGGCAUUUAUUGGUAAUUUUUCUUCCAUCUGCGGCGUUAUUUUUUGUUUGUUUGUGUGUGUUGCAGUUAAUUUUUUAACUCAGUUAAUUUUCAUUAUUCUAUUAUUUUUUGGUAUGGUAAGGUAUGCUAAUGAAUUUUAAUCAAAGGAAAGACAUAAAUUAAUUGAAAUAAAAAAUUAACUGCAACAUGUAUUUUUCUGUUAGUUAUUUCAGACACCAUUCUUUGUUUGUGUGGAUCAUGAUAAAAAAGCAGUUGUGGUGACCAUCAGGGGAACGUUGUCCCUUCAGGUAAAAAAAUUGGGGUCAAUCAGUCUCUUCAACAUUUGUUCAUACAGUCUAUGCGCAUGUACUGUAGUACUGAAAAACCUGCAGAUCCGAUGUAAUUCAUUUUUGUUGAAUGAAUUCAUGUUGCAGGACAUCCUAACAGAUUUUUCAGUGGAAGCGGAGAAGAUUCCACUGGAUGAUGGCAAUCCCAAUGAGUGGUUUGGACACAAGGUACAUGUAUAAAAAUACAUGGUUUGGAACUUGAAUAAAUAAAUUAAAUAACGAUUUAGAGCUAGCACAUCCACGUAGUGGUUCUUUAUUAACCUGAUUACCUGUCGAAUUGAAACUUGGAAAUGUCGGUUUUUGAAGAGAGGACAAAACUGGAGUAGCCGGAGAAAAACCUCUCAGAGCAAAGAGGAGAACCAAAAACAAACUCAACCCACAUUAUGGCAUCGACACCGGGAUUUGAACCUGGGCCACAUUGAUGGGAGGCGAGUGCUCUCACCACUACACCAGCCUUGCAUGUUCCAUUUCUGUAGCGUAAGGGAAAGGUAGACCCUAUUUGUUCGCAGUGCGAGAGCUUAAAUUGGGUCCUUAGCGUGAUAAGGCAUCUUAGUGCAUUUCUAUUCCGCUACUCUUUCCCCUACAUCCACCCCCACGCCUUCUCCGUUUUUUUAAAGUUAAAUUCUUGUCCCAGCUGUUUAAAGUGUGGCGAGUACUUUCCACUGGAUAAUUCACUUUCCGGUAGAUAAGUUGUGAAUUUUGUGCAACCAUGUCCAUCGUUCCGGAAGAAACUUAGCCUAAGAGAAAGUUCUCCAUUGGCGGGAAAUCAUUAAAGACACGCGCGAGCGGCGCUAGAAAAGAGACAUGAAGGCUUGCUUCGCUCAGCACUUAAGAUCGAGAGUUUGAUCGCAGGGUAGAAGAUUAUUUUUCCACGGUAUCACGGAGAGCUUAGCCGAAGGUGGAUCAGUUAACUAGUGUAGGAAACACAAAGAGAGCAAGAAAAAAUCCGUUGGAGUCAGGGAAUACUGGGUUGAAUAACAUCUCACUUAAGCAGGCUCUUUUAUCUUUUAUCAUUCCAGGGCAUGAUAAAGGCUGCUUUAUUUAUUAAGAAGAAGCUGGAUAGUGGAAUUCUUACUAAAGCCUUUCAUUCUGAUCCGGUUGGUAUUUUAGUUUACUGAAUUUGUUUAAAGUUUGCAACGUGAUUAAUAAAUAAAUUAUAUAGUUGUUGCUUGUUAGUGGAAAUGAAAAGGAGAGAUUCUUAAUGCGAGCAUUAGGGGCAUUAAUGAUUGCAUGUUUUAUAGAGUCCGGUGUUAAAAUAUACUUGAUAUAAUCCGGUAACUCAUUUGACUUGUCAAGGUGGAUUUCCACUGUCGCAUGAUUUUUACGUGCGUACGCACGUAAAUACCCUUGGUGCCAGAGACAAGCCGCACGCGAAAAAAAACCUCUGGUACCCCGGGCCCGGUUCCUGAAAGGCCGAUUAGCGUUAGUCCAGGAUAAAAAUUUUGUUAGAAUGACAACAACAGUGGAACAAGACAGUGGAAAUCCACCCUUAGUUCAGCAAUAGCCUGCAUAACAGGCGCUUUAUAAGCCAAGCCAAGCGAACGCGACAUUUCUGCGCAAAUCGCGAGACGAGGGGAGGAGAAAACGCACGUCGUGUAAAAUAUCGUGUUUGCCUUGCUUGGCUCAGCAUUGGAUGGCUUGGGUCUAUAUAUUUGAUGAUUCGCGUAACUCAUUUGAUUAGUCCUUUUCAGCGUAGUUUAGCCAUUUUUUUUAUUGUACUUGUUCACAGGAUAGACAGACAGAAUCUUACCGUCUGAUUCUUGUUGGUCAUUCUCUUGGUGCUGGAACAGCAGCUAUCCUGGCCAUGCUUCUCCGUCCAUAUUACCCUGGUGUCUUUUGUUAUGCCUUCUCACCGCCUGGAGCUACUCUCAGGUACAGACCUUUCGGAUCAUUAUACGUUUCUGGCCACUUAACCCUCCCCAAAGCCAACAUUUUGCCCUAAGUGAGAAGUGAGUGUCAUUGUUGGCUUAGGGGAGGGGUAGGUGGGCAGUUUCCCAGACACGUUUGAUGAUCGACCUUUGUUGCCUUGUGUUGGUCGAGGCUGGGCAUUGAGACCUUUAGCUCAGGGACCAACGACGACGGCGACGUCAACGGGAACGGCAAAAAAGCAAAAGAUUUAAUAAGGAAAACACCAACUUUAGUUUGCACGUGCAUCACACUUUUUGAUACAUUUCUUUGCUGUUUUUGCACGACUACGACUAAUUUCGACUAAUUUUGUGGAGAAACAAAAAGCAAGCAACGACGAAAUUUUUUUUGUUUUCUGAACUUCGAUAUGGUCCCUUUGAAUUCAACUUCAGGAGGGAUCGCCUGCAUUUAACAAAGUAAGUGGGUAGGAAUAAUUGCGAUGAAGACUGAAACAACGCAAAUUCACUUUUUAAGCGUGGUUCUCGUUGCCCUUGCGUCGUUGGACCCUAAUGUCACUAUUUUGGCGGGAAAACGCGCCAGCCGUCGUCAUUCCACUACGAGGCUUAGGGUCUUAGUGACGAUAUUAACUUAUAAAAUAUUAGAAGUUUUAUCAUUUUGCGAUCGGGAGGGGGCUUAACCUCUUUCAAUAGAGAUAACAGUGCUAACUUUUCUGGUGAAAGAAAGUAAAAUAAAGCUUUCCGAAAUGUCUAUCUUUUGAGAAUUUUGAAAAAAGAAAAAGAAAUGAAAUCAUAUCUCGUUUCCGAAGUCGUCCCUGUCCUCGAAUCUAAAGAUCUCUAAUAUUCGUAGUCUGUACACCGUCUUUACUCAAAUGAGCCACUUCCUUCUUAUAAGCCCACAUACAUAUAAACUGCUAACAGCCCCUGUAAAGUUCAUGUAAAGAACUCAACUAUCGAUAUUAUCUGUGAUUGUAACCUCUCCAAAUUUCACUUUACAUUUUUUUCUUGUUUUUAUCAAGGAUCAAAACUUACAUUUCUUUUCUUUUCCCCAGCCUUUCUGCAGCAAAAUAUGUCCGCGACUUUGUUUUUUCUAUCGUUGUUGGAAAAGACAUGAUUCCAAGGUAUUUUAAUCUUGACCUUUUUUUUAUUCAUUUGUACAUCACUGUUGUGACCUGCUAUCUCGAACUAAUUUUUGUUCUCCAAGAGAGUUCCAGACCCUGUACCUCAACUGUGUUACUAUAGCUUUAAACGAUGCACAAUGCUCUUGACUUAGCACAACACAGCGUUGCAACAUUGUGGCGACAUUGUUUUAAAUGGUUGCAACACUGUUCCAACAUUGCAACGCUGUGUUGCGCAAAAAAUCAUCGUUGCGAAUCGUCCCGUGUAACAUCACCUUAAUGAUGACUUCUGUACAGGUUGACGGAAUGUCAGUCACUGUCAACCAGGGCCCAGUUGUUCGAAGGCCGAUUAGCGCUUAACCCGGGGUUAAAUUUAACCCGGGUUUUUCUUUCUUGUGUUCAAAAGCAUUUUCUCUGAUAAUUUUCUCUGUUAUUUUUAGAGCUUCCAAUCAUCAACUUGUAGACAAAAAGAAUUAAAACGGAAAUGCUUGUUAAGCUUUCAAAUCUGAAUUCAAAUCUCGCGCUAUAACCCUGGGUUAUCUUAACCCAGCUUUGAACAACUCGGCCCAGACGAUCAUAUUCCACCUCCCUAUGACAUGACUCCUGCGUUCAAACCAUUUAUAACGUUCUCUUCCUUAUGAACUGUGCAAGUAACAUUAUUCUGUGCCUUCAGGUUAAGUCUUUACACUCUUGAAGACCUCCGCAACAAGAUUAUGGCGGUUAUAUCUUAUUCCAGUACUCCGAAGGUGAGUCAAUCGUAAAAUGUCACUAGUAAAGAAAUUCAUAAAGUCAGUGCCACUGUAUUCAUUUUCACCAAUUCUUUGGAGUUGAGGAUAUUUUUUCAUUAAGCCAACGAAAAAAUUCUCCUGAGUCUUGUUUGAAUGGCCAGUUGUGGUGACAUUAUGUAAAAAUACAAAUGAAGUAACAUUUCUUUAAGUGUACGUGUCAUUUAGCCUCGUACCAGGCUGGUUCACACUAUGCGAGUGAGCAAAGGAGGCUUGGAGCCGGACCCAAUAGUGCGUGGUGUCCUAGGCUACACACCGCAGUCAAACGUCUGAACAUGACCUAAGCUAAGUCCUAGGCGGCUUGGCAGGUGACGCCAUCCAACUCGCCGAGGACGACUGGGAACGUGGCUGUAUGUCAAUAUCUGUUACAACCGUUAACCGAACGUUUUUCAACUUUCUUGUCGUAAAAUCUUACGGCACUUUCUCAGGCAACCAAUCAAAAUAAAAACUGAACCAAUCGUGAAGGGUUACAUUAUUGUUAUUAAUUUGCUUGGAAAUCUCACUCAGAUUCGGAUUUGUGUUGCCAGCUGCAUUUGUCACCCUUUAGUCGGCGACUAAAGGGUAAUUUUUUGGCGCUGCUGUCUCACUAAAUUAGACCUCUUUAUUCCAGUUGUGAUAUACUGGCUUUGUACGUUAUUCUUGAACACUUGUAAGUAAAUCAUUGUAGAGAAAAUAACGGGUCUAGCUUGAGAAAACAACCGACAUUUCGCGAAGCCAUCACUGCUUUCCCUGCGAAAUGACGUCUGAGAAACGAGCGCGGAAAUUCCAUACUGAUGAGGAAACUGCCCACCUACCCCUCCCCUAACCCAACAUUUUGCCUUAAGUGAGAAGUAAGUGUUAAUGUUGACUUAGGGGAGGGGUAGGUGGGUAGAGUCCCAGAAACCUAAAUUCAUCUGCUUUUUGUUGGUUGUGCCGCCUGAGAAAUGUGCUUCAACUAAUCAGUAGCACCACCCAGGUCUGGUUGGUAACACGUGGUCAGUAUGAGAUUUCUGCGCUCGUUUCUGAGACGUCAUUUCGCGGGGAAACCAGUGGUGGCGUCGCCGCGAAAUAUCGGCUGUUUCUCGGGCUAUAACGGGUCCUGUUUUGGUUGUAGUGGAAGAUUCUGCGUGGCUGCGUAUGUCGUUGUGCUUUUGUCUGCUGUUACGGCUGCAAGUGUGUCGACUGUGACGCCGCUCAGGAACGUGACAACGAGAUGGCCUGGGAACAUUUUGAGUUACCUAGCAACAAGCAUUCCAAGACACCUACUUUUUAUCCCCCUGGAAGAGUCAUUCAUAUUGUCAAAACUGUCUCCAUACCAACGUAAGUCGCCUUCGUUAUCGGCGGGUCAGGGAAUUCACUUAUUAGAGAGCUUUAGAUUCUAAGACGAAGACGACUACGAGAUCGAAAUUUUCUCCAUACUAAGUUAUGUGCGCGCGCAUGAACCAGCGUCAUUUUGGCGGAAAAACGCGAUCGUCGUCCUCAUUCUACUACGGGUUUUUGCGAAAAACAAGUUGUCAAGUUUUAUCAUUUUGCAAUCGGGAGAGGGCUUAACCUCCUUCAAAAAAAAUAACCGUGCUAAUUUUUCAGGUGAAAAAAAAAUAAGAUGAAGCUCUCCGGGGUGAAUAGUUUUUAAGAAUACGCGAAAAAACGUUUAAGUUGAAUCUCGUCCCCGUAGCAGUCCUCGUCCUCGAAUGGAUAGCGUUAUUCGCCUGGGGUCUGAUAAUUUACACCUGUGUGGCAAUUUUCUGCGAAUUCAUGUGAUAAACGUUUGCAAGAAAGUGAAUUUUUACUAAUACAUCUCCAGCACUGAAAAACAACCAGACAAAAAGAUUUAUUGCGCAUGCCUAACGCGAGGAGAAAAGGCUUUUUGGACAGUUAGUCAUAAAUGUUUAAAUGAAAAUCAAGAGGUGCUCAUAUAUAACGUUGUGAUAGCCCAUCUUGCAUUUCUCAACUGACGAUACACAACUCGCUUUGACUCUGAAAGUGACUGCCACACAGGUUGUCGAGAAGUCCGUUUCUGUCAACAAGAGUCUUAUUCAGGGCUACUCUCACCCGGAAGAUCAUAUUCCACCUACUGAAGAUAGUCAAUUCAUAUUUGCAGUCGAUGCGGUCGUAAACGCACCAUUUACGAACCCGUUUGGGCAGAUUUAGAGGACUUCCAGUCGAUUCAGAUCUCAAGCCUGAUGUGGGAGGACCAUAUGCCAGACUUUGUAUUGGACGCCCUCAAUCAGUGCCUUCCCAGUAAAGAACAGGAGGAGACAGUGCUUUAUGGACCCGCGCUGCCAAGCCCUAACACCCUGUUGGUCCCUGGUUCAGACGCCGUGGGAACGAAUCAUGUACAUAAUCACAUUGGGUCCAGAUUACCGGGAUCUUCAGGUAAUGAAGGUUAUUUUGUUUUUCGAGCACUUUACAGGUAGCCAACCGUAGACUUUUCCGUUGCUACACCACCACGCAUUUCUUACAUUGUAUAUAACCUUCUCGGUGGUUUUAGAUCGGAAUCCCCUAGUUAUGUGCUAAACAGAGACUUGUUUAGCUGAUUUUUUAAAAGUUGAGAAUUAAAAAUUCUAAAUUUAUCAGGUUAAAUACUCAGAUUUUAAAAUUGCUUUGAGUUUAAAUGUAAAUUCAAAAGCAGUAUCCUUCUCUAUGGAGCAAAAUCUACGAUGUCUAACAUGUUUUAAUUUCUGUUGCAUUUCAUAGCAUCUUAACGGACAAACUUCAAAGUUACAAGUACACUGAAAAUCUUCAAAAUCUAGGGUGCCUUUUAGCCAAAAUUCCGAAAAUUUCUGACAGAAGGUUAAUAGUUAGGUCAUUUUUCAGACAUUCCAACCGAAAGCCAGAGAUGAGCACUUUGUUCCGGUUGGUAUGAAUUAAAUAUAAAGUCGCGUACUAUUUACUUUCCUCAUCAAUUCUAGGCUUUGGCCACACAUAUUGCCGUCUCUGUCAGAUUCAAAACUUAAAAGAAAUGGUAUUGCUACGGUGAGCUAGUAAAUCGCUUACCAUUGUGCCACUGGGCAACCCAACCGAGUUUGCUUUGUCAAAUGGUAAGCACCCCUAGUCUAGCCUCCUUAGUACUGUUAGAAUUCUUGUUUAUGGAGUCGAAUCUGGCCCGACUUAAACCCACGUUACCCUCCUGGAGGACAUUACAUUCACAUUCGCACUACAUUUGUUCCUUCUAAAGCGAAUGAAUCUAAUACAACAAGAGAAGGACAACUGGCCUUAGAGAGAGUACCCUCAGCUGACUCCUUAGCUUUAGGUAAGAGACCACUGUGUAAUCUUGUAACAGUAACUAUUGCAAUACUUAGGGGCAAUCUCGUAUAACAAAUUUUCACGUCCCAGCGACCGAGGGGACGGGUCGCGUCGGGAUUGGGGAGAAAGGGAGAGUACAUCGCCUACUUCCACUUUUGUGCCUUAAUCCUUCCGUUACUUAUCUGCCUGUAUUUCAUGAUUAGAAUACUGAAAGCAGAACCGGUUAAUGCGGGAAACAUUACACAACCUUGGGAAUUUUCCAUUCCUUCUAGCCCGUUCCAGUCCACUUAAAAGCGGAUUGAGUAUGUACUGGCUCUUUUUAUCAUUGACCAUACGCGUGUUCGCGGCAGUGAACUGUAGCCAGCUUACAGUCGAGGCCAGUGCGGGGGAUAUCAUUGAAAAUAUUUGUAUGUGAAGGGCUAUUCCACAUUAGCCUCGACUUCAAACUACAACUCUAGUCAAAACUCUUGGGACACUAACGCAAUAGCUUGUCAAAAUGAGGUGUUUUCUCUCCCGCGGUGCAGUGUUGACGUUAUGCCAGCAUUCAAGUUUUGUUUCAACGCAAUCAAUUUUGCUUGGGGGAGAGGGGGACAGUAGAAAUAGGCUCUUAUAACAAUAUUCUCAAGCUUUUUAAGAGUUAGAAAAUGAGUUUAUUUAGCAAAGUGCGUCUGCGCGCCUAAUUUCCUCAAGUGUCCCAAGAUGUUUUUACCAGGGUUGUAGUUCCAGGUCUUUACCGAGUUAACAAAAAUGGCUGUUUCGAAGACAGGAGCGCGUAGUGGUAAAGGAUACUCGAGUUAAAUUAAUUACAAUGAGACUUCAAAAAGCAGUUUCAUUCCUAACUGUUCAUUUACAGCAUCAUGUUGCAAUCUGCUGAGUUGAUUUAUAACCUAAAUCUUUGCUCAGUUUUGACUCAUUCCUGGACAUAUUACUGCUGUAGUUUGUUCAUUAGUUUGAUUCCUCUUUUAUUUGCUGUUGCACACGGCUCUAUUCAUCUUCGAGCACUCCAAAGCACUGCUUAUAUUCACGCUUGUUGCUGUGCACUUUUGAGACCUCUUUUUCUUUUUCAAACUUCUGUUUUAAGGGGCUAGGUCGACGUUAUUUACUUGAAUUUGUUAAACUUUCUUUUUCUACGAACUGUAACCCUCAGGCCCCAUUUAAUUAAAAGGUGGAUAACGUUAUCCACUGGAUAAAUCUCUAUCGAGUGGAUUUCCCUAAUAUUUGUUCGCUGGAUAGCGAUUUUUCCGGUGAAUAGCUCCUUCCAAGGUUUGAGCAACCGUGGCCAAGUCCAGUUUUGUCCAUCGAUGCCCCUAAAAUUUCGUUUGUUUUCUUCACCAGACUUGGGGCGAUUAUUGUAUGAGCAGAUGGUUAGUGCCUAGUCCCUUGAACGACUGGCCUAAGGAAAAAGAGCAUGAGAAAUUUAGGGCGCGAAUUAAAACGGGAAGGAGGACGCGCGCUUGAAGGGAGAAAGCUAAUUCUUUUCUCACAGAUGUCGUCCUCCUUUUUCGCGCGCUUCGUUUAUCUCGCGCUGCAUGCACCCGCCACGCAGUUUAUUAAGGACGGCAGCGAAAAAUUGACUGCUAAAAUAUAUUCGCGUUAAUUUUUUUCAAAUUUAGUCGCGUUUAUUCCAACGCGCUUUAAAUACCAAAAGGCGAAUUUCCCUAGAGUUGAAUUCUUGGGGCCAGCACUCAAGUUAAGAAAAAAGUUAAGAGAAGGAAAAAAAGGCAAAAGCUUGUCGUCGUAGGUUUGUCCUCAAUAAAACGUUGCCUAAGGGGAUUGCACGUCGUUGUCGACGAGCAGGAACGGCAAAGAGAUGUACCAAAAAAUAUGCUCAAAUAUGCUUUUCACGUUCUCGUCGCCGUUGCUAAACCUCCCUCCAUCUCACAUUUGCUCUCCACCUCAAGUUUUCUCUUGUUUUAUGAGUAUUGUGUUGUUUGGUUUUGUUGUCAAUCUGUGUUUGUUAAUCCGUUUCGCUAUACAGGUUUUAAUGACUUAUCUUAACGUUUAAAUCAAUUGAAAUUGGAAGUUGUAGUGACCCUAAAUGAGAUCGUAAAACCUUUAAGACAUAAAAACCAAUGUGUAAGCUUAACAGUGACUUAAACAUAUUUCAUUUUUGUCUGUCUCUACAACUCUGCCAGUUUCAUUUUUGUAAGUUGAUUUUUAAAGUUGAAGUGUCUCAAAAACGUCUAAGGAUUCAAAUCAAGUGUUAUCUAAACUUCCUGUUAUAUUUCGGAAGUGAUAAAUAAUUAAUUAAGUUUUUUUAGGUGACUUAAAAGAAAUCAAUUUGCACUCACAGCCCAAUAACGCCCACUAACUUGCCUAACACAUACGGUGUUAAAUAUUUAACCGUUCGGUUACUAAUCAAGAACUAACUCUUUAAAGACGAAAUAAAUCCGGUCCCAAAAAGCCGCGAAUUCACAUUAUCGAACCAAGCCAAGUUGCACAGGCCUUUUUCAGGUGGUCAGUCACGUGAUACAAAGACGCAGUGAAAGCGCUGCAACAAGAAUUCCUUUUUUUGUCUUGUCCCAGUGCUCUUCGUGCACCCCAGCACCGCGGUUUUGUAACAGGUGACUCACCUCCCCGCAAAGGACCCAUUGCCAGGAAAUUGUUUCUUCCUAUUGUCCCUCCACAAUGAAAAUCGUGUUUGUACCGCGUGUGAUCUACUAUCUAACAGUUCUUAUAGUUACUGAAUCGUCGCAUGACUAAACAGUCUGUUUUGUUCCUUUUGUAAACUCUUCUUCGUUUCUUCUUUGACUAAACUUUAGAAGUUGGACUUGACGUUCCUGCUGAUAUGCAAAGCAUCGACGGCUUUGAAAUCAGCGUGACUACAGUUUGACAAGGUAAUGUACUGUACUCUUGAAGCGGGGCCCAUUCUCUACGGUUCAUUGUUUACACACUCUUCUUAAUGAUUUAAACCGUUGCAUUUCUUCCCUCGACGCAUUCGUUCGAGUGUCUACUUGUUUCCUCCCUUCUCUCCGCCAAAAUUGUUAUUAAUUAUCGCCUCCUUCAUCGCUAAAACAUCGGAGAAGGCGAGUCUAUGCUCGUUGAUAAUCGUGUUUUGAAAUAUUUUUUUUCCAUAAUUAACUAAUUAAAAAAAAUCGACCCUUGCGUCAAAUAUGACAGGUCAGUCGCCUUGCUAAGUUAACUCUUUGGUGCAAAAGUAUUUGUACAACAAUGACCUAUUUUUCUGUGCGAGGAAGUCAUCGUUUUACUGCCCUUAGUAGUUUGGCACUGUUCUCACGUCAAAAUAAGAGACCGUAGCUGUAUUGACGCUUAGAUAGUUUUGAACUGUUGGUUUGUUUUAAGCUACAUUCAUGCCACAACUAGGGCAACACAACGACUUUCACAGCGGUUGUCACUGUUGUUCUUCAAAGGUACUUUUAGGCGCUCUUUUCCACGCGAAAACGAACAAAAGUGAGGCCUGUAUUUCCCCGCAAAGUAAAUAAACAUCUUCAAUGUAAGAUAAUUUUAUAGCAGUGUUAUCGAACUUUUAAAAGACUCCCCUUUAUAAAAGUGGUCGUUUUUCCUCUCAAUAGAAUGUAAUUGAAUCCAAAUAAAAACCUUAAACCUUUAUUUAAACCUAUAAGAUAAUUAAAAGAUAACAAAACUAAAAGAAAUUUUCCAACGAAUUUCAACGUGUUGAGUUGCACUCUGUUCUUGUUAUAGUUUUUUUUUUUUAAAUUUAAAAACAGGUAGAACACCAACCUGGUGAUAAGAGUUUUGCGACGUUAAUUAACUUCUGUUAUUUUUUUGCGCUGUGUGUGUUUUUGUAGCUUAUUUCAAAUUGAAAGGUUGUCGUUUUGGCGUUUGCGUUUUCUGCUGUGUGUUUAAGUUUUUCUCUUUGUUCGUUCUUUGUUGUUAUUACCUUCAGUGCGUAAGGAACUCUAAUAUUUUGUAAGAGUAUUGUACAAAUAUUAAUGUGUAUUUGGUCUUUCUUUCUUCUCUACUUUCACCCUGUACAUCGCAGCAAAUGGUCUUCUUUUAUAAGACUUGAGUUUAAUAGCGUCUGAUCUUAAACACAGGGCAGUUGAAACUUGUGUUUGACGUCUUUACAGAAUUCCUCGUAUCUUGUUUCCUUGUCUUAAAUUCUCAAGGUUGCAUUGUGUUCUUGUUCUUAUCACAGAAGUGGGUCACCCAUUAUGGCGGGUAACUGCUCUUGUAUCAGAAGCACGUAAAGCACCAAUAGCACGACCCGAAAGUGCCUUUGAUGAUUCCGACUUGGACGAAGGCGCGCCUUCCGCGCGCGUUUCCGCGAAUUGGAAAGACUUUACACUUCCCUCCUUUGAACAAAGCACCGACGAAGUCAUUGUAGAAACACAUCCGUGUCCACGUUCAAACACAGACCUUUCUGAUUCACCAUCUUCAUUGCAAUCUUUGAAAACGUUGGAUGAGAUUAAUAGUAAAUAUACCUCGGCUACUUCAGUAUCUCAUAGCUUUGACCGCACUCCACCCCGAACAAACCGAAGCCCACCUCCGAAGCCUCCCCGAACAUUCGAGACGGAAAAAUCCGAGGGUCGUCAGAGCUUCCGAUACAAACCGCCGCCGAAACCUCCACGAACCUUCGAAUACGACUCGCAAAUUCAAGCGAACUUUUCUUCAUCUCUUUACUGGAAUUUUCCGCAUCCACGUGCUCGAAGAUACGAAACUCAAUUUUCUUCACCUGAUUUAGAGAGCAGUAAUGUAUCCACAGAACAUUUGAAUGGAACAGAAUCAGAAACACCACUGGCUCCGUACAGCUCUCAUAGGCCGAAAAUGCCUAAAUUCUACUCCUUGCCCAGAACAGGCCAAGAGGAAACUUACAUCGAAAACGGGUACAACCUGGACGAUAAUGAUACAGUUGCCCUGUUCACCAAACAACCAUCGACUCAAAACGGUGUGGCUGUCAGAAGGUCAAAACCGCACUCGGAUGAGUCUUCGACACCCGAGUCGCGUUUUUCUGUAUCAGAUUCGGUUCUUAACAUUUCGCAGGAAGAGCUGUUUCUCCUGGGAUCAGUUAAACCGCGCGGCGGAAGGCGAAAAAGGAACGGACUUUUAAAACAAGCAGCGUCCGAGACUCUUCAUAGCACACACCCAAACUUGAAUGGUGUUAACCAGCCGCUAAGGAGUCCACAGAGAGACCCUAAUUUUCUUGAGACAAUGUUAUGAUGAGCUUUGAAUUAUAAUCGAUUUUGUUGUAGUAAAAGAUUAAGAAAUGCAAGCAAAAUGGCGUCAGUGCUAUCGCGGAUCAAUGCCAACAGUUACGGCUUCAGUUUGUCUGAUGUGGUAAGCAUGUGAAAUGUGAUCUCAACUAUUUUCGCACGAUAUUACUCUUCAGUUUUGAGCUGCAUGUUGUCAUACCAAGCCCUCUCCGGGUUUUGUAUCUAACAAGCGAGGAGUUACAGAAGCAGCUAACCUGGUCAUACGCCCCGUUUCUGUCACUUGGGGUUGAAUAGAUUGUUUCAAGUUUUUGUAUGUAUAAACAGUAUUAGUUAGGGAUGCAUGCGCGUAACACUCUAAGCCCCAAUGUCCACGUACAAAUUUUCCAGACUGAACUCCAGGCAUUUCCUUAAUCAAGUCGCUGAGAGAAUUUGAUAAAAUAUCAAGGCAUUUUUUAUAUUGUGACAGGAGCCCAUCAAAUUUGAUGGGCUCCUGAUUGUGAUCAUUUUACUAAUUCUCAUAACCGUUUUCCUUGAUGAUCUGUGAAUAGAGAGCUUUAGAUUUGAGGAGGAGAACGAGUCCGAGUACGAGAUUUAACUUAAAGUUUUUUUGCGUGUUCUCAAAAAAAGACACCCCGGAAAGCUUCAUUUUACUUUUUCUUUCACCAAAAAAGUUGAUACGGUUAUUUAUACCGAAGCAGGUUUAGCCCUCUCCCGAUAGGAAAAUGAUAAAACUUCUCACAUGUGAUAACUUGUUCCCGCCACUACGAAAUUCUCGCUAAAUCCUGUUGUAGAAUGACGACGGCUAUCACGUUUUCCCGCCAAAAUGAUGCUGGUUCACGCGCGUGCACUACUUAGUAUUUGAGGAAAUCUCGUACUCGUAAUCAUACUUGUCCUCGAAUCUAAAGCUCUCUAAUAUUCUUAGGAGAAAGUUGAUGUUGGUCACUGGGACUUAAAGGGUUAAAUUUACUGUAAUAUAUGCCGCUUAGGAGAAAACGCCUCCGGUUUAUAUUAUAAACAAAUUUUAAACAGGAUUUAUAUGAACUUGGUGAGAAUGAAAAUGAAAAUGAUGUUAUUACGCUGUGAAAGCAAGAGGAAGUUUUCCUUUCAAUUUUCCAGUGCACCAACACUAAAUGAUGCCUCAAAGAUUUUAAGACUAAACUAAAAGGUAAAACGUAAAAAUUUUCUUUCACAGAAAAAGCAAAAAAGACCAUGAAAGUCAAAGAGCGGUUGUUAAGUAACUGUCUGAGUACUACAGCUAAAACCCCGGUUAAUACUCUCAACAUUUUUGAGACAUUUGUUGAGAGACGAAGUUGCGGUUAUUUGAGAACCCCUCAGAACAUUGCUGUAACAUGAUAAAUUUUAACUUUGUUGCUACAUUUGUUUUUCUCUCGAAGUAUUUGAAGUUGUUUGAGCCGCUCUCACAACUUUUUUGUACACGCACAAUCGCUCACAAUGUGAUGAUAAACGUGACCAUCUAUUUCUGUUUGUGGAGGGUGUUUUGAUUCCUUAGCCCGACGUGGUCUGAACAUUUCCAAACAUUCCCUCGACAAAUGUUGCGAAAUGACUGUUUCCCGUUGAAUAUCAUUACCAGCCCUGUUGUCACGUGAUAUUCUUAGUCACGUGACAGUCCUUCAAGUAAGACUUUUUAGGAGAAAAAACCUGAAAACCGUACACGACGUGAACAUCGUAUUGUUUCCCUCUGUUUUUAUUACGGUCUUUUCUGGUGACAUUUUCAGUUUUUGCGUGCAGUUAGACUGUUAGAGAAGUGACUUAUGUAACCUGCUUGGAAUCAGAUAAUUUUUCUCAAAAUUUAAACAAAAUUGUUAUGUGAACAUUCCAUGGCUAUAAAAGUAACCGCUCUGACACUCGUGUAUCAGACUGAUUUUAGAGUUUAAAGCUUAAAAAGUGGCCAUGUGCCGUUAUUUAAUAUAUUAAAUAUUAUUUAUUGCCACAAAAGUUUAGAACAUAUUUAAAGAGAAGGUAAUAUCUAACUUAGAAAGAGUAAUAUAUAACUAAAAGAAAGAUUCUUAAAUCAGUUGCUAAGGUACAGUAUUAGAUAUUAUAAAAUCUUGUCUUUGAUUAUAUUUAACAAUUUCUUACUUGAUCGUAGUUCUUUCACUUUUAAUACCCGAGCCAUCAUUGCUCAACCCUUUUUAACAUGUAUACUCUGUAAAUAGUUUAACUCGUACUUGAAUACAAAACUUGUGAAAUGUAAGACUGCGAGCGAUUCGGUCGCUUGUACGACAGUAGAUUAGACAAGUGUACUUUAUUAAAGUUUAAA